AAACCCAAAACCCCUAACAACAAUUUUCCCUCUCUUUUCUUUCUCUCUUCUCUCGCCGUGAAAACUAAGCCGGAAAAUGUUCUCUCCGGGAACCAAAAAGCGGCCCAAUGCCAACCCUCGCCGCGACCCAGCCACUCCUCUCUCCGAGAUCCGCCGCUCCUCCCCGGACAAUUCCUCCGUCCCCAAUCGCCCCACCACCGGCACUCCCGCCCCCUGGGCUCCUCGCCUCUCCGUCCUCGCCAGGGUUCUACCGAGUAAUCAAAACGAAAAAGGAGAUGAGAUUAAGCCUGUGUAUGUCGGCGAGGUUCCGCAAGUCGUUCGUGAUGAACAGGCCAGUAUGCUCCAGAAGCAUGUUCAUGGUGAUGCUUCCGUGUCCGGUGGGAUGGAGAGAGGGACAUCGUUGGCAUGGAUUAUAUGCGGAAGCAGGCUGUUUGUCUGGAGCUAUCUGUUUCCUGCUUCGUCGGCGAAUUGCGCGGUGCUUGAGAUUCCCGGGAGUGUUUUCCAAGGUGGAGAGAGGAGCGGUGGGAGCUCGUGGAUGCUGCGUGUUGUUAGUUGGGAUAAUGUGUCUAUGAGAACGAAGAAAGUCGUGAAGCAAUGUAGCUCGGCUGGUGUUGUACUGUGUAAUAAGAAGACGCGGGCUGUGGUGUAUUGGCCUGAUAUUUACGGUGAAGGGAGAGCUGAUCCGGUGGUUAGUGUUGCGUCUUCUGAUGAAUUGGAGGUGGCGUCCUCCUCGUCCGUUGAUAGGAAGACUCCACUAAGGAGGCAGCUGUUGCUUCGCAGGAACAGGAGUAGUUUGACCGGAUCUUGUACUUUUAACUCUUUCAUUGCUUGUGCAGUCCCUGAUUGCCAAAAAGAGUGUGUUGCAGUUGCUUGUAGUUCGAAUGGUGAGCUAUGGCAGUUUCAUUGUAGCCACUCUGGUGUUAGCCGUGAGAAAGUAUAUCAACACGAUCAGACUUCAUCCUCCCAAGGGGGUGACAGUGGCAGCAAGGGCUAUCCAAGGUCACUGACCUGGUGUUUUCCAAAUCUCAAUGUGCAGGAAUCCAGCCGGCAAUUUGUUGUUCUGACAGAUUGCGAGCUGCAAUGCUUUAGCAUUGAGCUUUCUCCUGAUUAUGCUGUGUCAAAGCUCUGGUCUCAUGAGAUUAUAGGCUCAGAUGGUGAGCGGGGUAUUAAGAAGGAUUUAGCUGGCCAGAAGCGAAUCUGGCCUCUUGACAUGCAGGUAGACUAUCAUGGUAAAGUGACAACCAUUCUAGUUGCUACAUUCUGCUUGGACCGAGGUAGUAGUUCAAGCUACACACAGUAUUCUCUUUUGACCAUGCAAAAUAAAUCUGGAGGUAAUAUAUCAUCUGCUCAAGAAACAGUUUUAGAGAGAAAAGAUCCAAUCCAGGUGAUCAUUCCAAAAGCAAGAGUAGAAGAUGAAGACUUCUUAUUCUCCAUGAGACUGCGGGUAGGGGGAAAGCCUUCUGGAUCAGCAAUUAUACUUUCUGGUGAUGGAACUGCGACAGUAUCUCAUUAUUAUAGGACGACUACACGGCUCUAUAAAUUUGACCUACCUUAUGAUGCUGGAAAGGUUUUAGAUGCUUCAAUUCUUCCUUCUUCAGAUGAUGGUGAAGAAGGGGCAUGGGUUGUUCUAACUGAAAACGCAGGGAUAUGGGCAAUACCCGAGAAGGCUGUUAUGAUUGGUGGAGUCGAACCUCCUGAGCGAAGUUUAUCACGUAAAGGUAGCUCAAAUGAGGGAUUCGCACAAGAAGAGAGAAAGAACCUUACAUUUGCAGGUAAUCUUGCUCCUAGAAGGGCUAGUUCUGAAGCAUGGGAUGCUGGAGAUAGACAAAGGGUUACGCCUGUAAUUUCACGUCAAACUGCCCAAGAUGAAGAAUCAGAAACUUUACUGAGCCAGCUUUUUCAUGAUUAUCAUUUACAUGGGCAGGUUGAUGCAUCACUUGAAAAGCUAAAAAAUGUUGGGGCAUUUGAAAGGGACAGAGAGACAAAUGUUUUUGCACGAUUGAGCAAAUCAAUUGUUGAUACCUUAGCUAAACAUUGGACAACAACAAGAGGAGCUGAGAUUUUGGCAAUGGCCGUGGUAUCCUCCCAACUCAUGGAUAAGCAACAGAAGCAUACAAAAUUUCUGGAGUUUCUUGCUCUUUCCAAAUGUCAUGAGGAGCUAUGUUCUAAACAGAGAUAUUCUUUGCAAAUUAUCUUGGAACAUGGUGAAAAACUGGCUGGAAUGAUUCAACUACGGGAAUUGCAAAACAUUAUCAGCCAGAAUCGCUCCAGUGGACCCAACACCUCCCGCUCUAGUUCAGAAACUCAAAUAUCUGGUGCUCUGUGGGAUCUUAUUCAAUUAGUUGGUGAUAGAACCCGUCGGAAUACAGUCCUUCUAAUGGACAGAGACAAUGCUGAAGUAUUUUACAGUAAAGUUUCUGAUCUUCAAGAAGUGUUUUCCUGCUUAGACAAGCAGCUGGAGUAUGUAAUCCCUGCAGGGCAGCCUUUUGGGGUCCAGGUACAAAGAGCAUGUGAACUCUCAAAUGCAUGUGUGAGUAUUGUUCGUGCAGCAAUGCAAUACAGAAACGAGCAUCACUUGUGGUAUCCACCACCUGAGUGCUUAACCCCCUGGUAUUGCCAAGCUGUUGUACGCAAUGGGAUGUGGCAGGUUGCUUCCUUUAUGCUGCAACUGUUGAAAGAGGCAUCUCAAAUUGAUGUCUCUUCAAAAUCAGAUUUAUAUUGUCAUCUAGAAGUGCUGGCUGAAGUUCUGCUCGAGGCAUAUGCUGGUUCUGUCACCGCUAAAGUUGAACUAGGUCAAGAACACAAAGGCUUAUUGGAUGAGUAUUGGAACAGAAGGGAUGCACUUAUGGCCUCACUAUAUAACCAAAUCAAAGAUUCUGUGGAAGUUGGGCAUGAGAAUUUGAUUGAAGGAUCUGAUGAGGUCAAUGGAGAAAUUCUUGGGAAGCUUUCUUCAUGUUUGCUUCCCAUGGCAAAGCGGCACGAAUGCUACAGUAUAUUAUGGAAAAUAUGUUGUGACAUUGAUGAUUCUGAAUUACUAAAAAAUCUGAUGCAUGACAGCAUGGGACCUAAUGGAGGGUUCAGUUACUAUGUGUUUAAACAACUGUAUGCGAGGAAACAAUUUUCCAACCUUCUCAGGCUUGGGGAAGAGUUUCAUGAAGCACUCUCAAUAUUUUUAAAGUACCAUCCAGAUCUUCUGUGGCUUCAUCAAGUGUUUCUUCAUCAGUUUUCCUCAGCUUCAGACACUCUUCAUGAAUUAGCUUGUUCUCAAGAAGAAAGCUCAAUUUCAGAGGCUGAAGAUGAAACUGGUCCUGGGCAAUUGACUACAUUACUGAAGCUGGCAGAUAGAAAGCGUCUUCUGAAUCUCUCGAAAAUAGCUGCAAUUGCAGGUAAGGAUGCUGACUGUGAGUUCAAAGUGAAACGCAUUGAGGCUGAUUUGAAGAUCCUAAAAGUGCAGGAAGAAGUGAUGGAACUCCUUUCUUCGGAUGAGACAAAGCAAAACCUUGACAAGCUGCUACUUCAUCCCGAAGAUCUUAUCAAGCUGUGCCUUGAAGGUGAAAACGCCGAGCUCACCAUGCGGGCGUUUGAUGUACUUGCAUGGACCAGCGCCUCUUUUCGCCGAACCCGUGCAAGUCUUUUAGAGGAUUGCUGGAGAAAUGCCGCUGAUCAAGAUGAUUGGAGUAAACUGUACCAAGCAUCAGUAUCUGAAGGGUGGAGUGAUGAGGAAACCUUGCAGAACCUGAAGGACACGGUACUUUUUCAGGCUUCAAGUAGAUGUUAUGGGCCUGAAGCCGAGACUUUUGAAGAAGGGUUUGAUGAAGUGCUCACAGUGAGACAAGAAACUAUGGAGCCCUCAACCAUGAAAGAUUCAGGUUCUUCUGUGGAGGCCAUACUUAUGCAGCACAAGGAUUACUCGGAGGCAGGGAAGCUGAUGCUCACUGCAAUCAUGCUAGGUAGUUUACAGUACGAUACCAUAGAGGAGGGUCCUGUUCCUAUGGAAUGACAGUCAAUAGUUGAUGAGUUGUUGUUUCUUAAUACGCGACUGUAAUUAACACAGAACCUUUAGCUUACUAGUUGAUUCAUUACAGGAUUUACAGCUCUCUAGUCUCUUAACCUUGCUUUCUUUUUGAGGGAGAAUGAUUUGUUCCGAAUAUGAGC